AUGACAGGGCAAAGGAAGGUACAGGAUACUGACGAAGGGGCGCUUGUGCUCGGUGUUGACCUCCAAUCGCUCGAUGUCGACUCUCUUUUGGGGCCUUUGGCCGGAAGGGGGUCGCGAAGUUUGGGCUUCCGGCAAAGGCCGCCGCGUGUUGGCGUAGAAGGCUUAAGGGCUGAUGAAGUCAUCUCCGCACAGAAGAAAGCAUUGGACCAGCCCGCGCCGGCGCAGACGUUGAAGGCCAAGGCUGCAAACUGCUUGGCACACGGACCGGCUCUGGUGGGCGGCAAAUGUGGAGAGCGCAUGUACUUCAUUGUGACGACGGUGACUUCAGACGGCCAGGUCAUGAAAGAAGGAGGAGCGUCCGUCACUUGCACAGUGACCGGCCGAAGCCUGAUGUCCAAAACUCAACCCGAGCCACGACCUUUUGUGGAAGACCGUCAGGAUGGCACUUACCACAUCCAAUUCGUUUGCGCCACGCCUGGGGUCUAUGAGAUCACAGCCUGCGUAGAUGGCGUCGCUUUGCCCAUGUGUCCCGUUGCGGUGACCGUCGCGCCUGGCCCACCCAGCGCGACCACGACACAGGUUCGUGGCGAUGGGUCGCAGCGCUGCACGCUUGGUGGUUCCGCAGAGUUCACGAUACAGGCGAUGGACGAGUUCGGGAACCUGUGCGGAGAGGGUGGAGCCCGCUUCGGCGUCCGUGCAAGCGCACAUGUGCGUCUGCAUGAAGUCUCCGACAAUGAGGAUGGCACGUACACUGUGAGCUACUCCAUUCCCGACUGGGCCCAAGGGCCCGUGAAGCUGGAGGUGCUGCUGGAUGGUCAUCCUAUAAGAGGUUCUCCACUGGUGCCACGACUCAUAGGCCGGAGCAGUAGAAUCCGACAAGAGAUGCAAGACGGUCUUGCUGCAGGCUUCGUGCCAGAGAAGGCAGAUCCGAAAGCCAAGAGCAAGGCAUUGCAAGGCCGAGUCCAGAAGGGAGCUGGGGGCACUUUCACCGAUCAACUUCCGCCAGUAGCUCGGCAAUUGGACCGAGAGACAUCGGAACUUUCCGUUGUACUGCCACAUGUGUUCGCAGCCGUUUGUCAGACAGGCUGUUCUUCUUGUUGGUACGCAGUGCCCUGUGCAGAUAGGAUUGCUUUGAUGUUCUGCCUCGGUAGACGCCAUGGUGGUGUCAGAGAGCCGCGUGCCCUGCCUCGUUGCUUGCCAUAUCUGCUCUCGGGAGUUCGGAGCCGCCAGGGCCCUACUAGUUGGCAAUUGCCUACAAAGAGCCACUAG